AUAAAUCAACACUAAACGCCACGAGAUCAAGAAACACUAAUCAAUCAAUCAAAAAUGUCGUACUUUCCCAAGGGACACCGCGACUCCGGCGAUGAUGUUGACGACUUCGAUGAGUUCGAUCCCACGCCAUAUGGUGGAGGAUACAACAUUGAAUUGACUUACGGCCGCGCACUUCCGCCGUCGGAGGAGACAUGCUAUCCCAGUACCUCUGGCUCCGACGAGUUUGACUAUGAUCGUCCUCAGUUCACUUCCUAUGCUGAACCGUCUGCCUAUGCUGAUGAGGCGUUGGAGAACGAAUACAAGAGUUAUGUACGUCGUAAGCCCCGACCAGGACCACCUUCUUAUGGGGAAACACCACCGCCGGAAGAGGGAUAUGGGUAUGAUAGGCCCAAGCCUAAUUAUGGGUUUCAGCCUGGUGGAGAGAGUGAGUAUGGUGGUGGUCCACCUGGAGGGUUCGUAUCUGGAAGACCCGAAUAUGAGAGGCCUGGGUCGGAGUAUGGACGGAAACCAGAGUACCAGGAACCGUCUUCGGAGUAUGAAUCCGGGUAUGGGCGGAAGCCACAGUACGAGCAACCCAGUUCCGAAUACGGAUCCAGUUAUGGUAGGAAAACUGAGUACGAGGAGCCGUCUUCGGAGUAUGGAUCCGGUUUCGGACGGAAACCAAAGGUCGAGGAACCCAGUUCUGAAUACGGAUCCGGGUAUGAGAGGAAACCACUAUACGAGGAACCCCCAUCUGAAUACGGAUCCGGUUAUGAGAGUAAACCGCAAUACGAGGAACCCCCUUCUGAAUACGGAUCCGGCUAUGGACGCAAACCGCAGUACGAGGAACCCACUUCUGAAUACGGAUCUGGGUAUGGACGAAAGAGUGAAUAUGAGGAACCUCCUUCAGAGUACGGAUCUGGGUACAAUAGAAGACCCGGGUCGGAAUAUAGUGAAUCUGGGGGUUAUGGAAAGAAGAGUGAGUACGAGGAGCCAAGUUCUGAAUAUGGAUCCGGCUAUGGGCGGAAGACCGAGUCUGAAGAGUAUGGAUCGGGUGGGUAUGGAAGGAAGACUAACUACGGGGAAGAGAAAGGUGGUGUGGGCCAUGGGUACGGCGGAAGGUCAGAGAGGACUGAGUAUGGAGAGGAGAAGACCAGCUAUGGGAGGUCCGAGGAGGAGGAAUACACAAAGCCCAGCUAUGAAAAGCGUGAUGAUGAAGACGAGGGCUAUGGCCGCAAGAAAUAUGGUGGUGAAAACUCUGAUGAGGAGGAUGAGGAGAAGCGUCGCCACAGGCACCAACACCACCGCAAGCAUUAUGAUGAUUAAGCAAAACUAUUAUGGCCUUGUGGAGAGAAUUCUUGCCAUAUUAAUAAAUUAAAUAAAAGGCAGGGUUAUUUCGCUUCAAAGCAGUCUUGUCAUUGUGUUUAAGCAUCUUUGCUUUUUAUGGGUUUGUUCAAACUAAGAUCAGCAGCUUUGUAUUGGCCUUGCUGGCCCAACUUGUGUGUGAAAUCUUGUGCUUUUUCGUGCUAAUGAAUUCCCCUCUAUAAGGCAGUGUGUCUUAAAUGCUUAUUCGUUCAUUUGCUGA